AUGGAGGCAACAGAGACGGACCCCAGCAAGUUCAUGCCAAACAGCACGUCAAGCAGCAGCGAGCCUCAAGCGCUUACGCUUCAUUGGACGUUAGGUAUCAACAAGGACGUCGUCGGCGGUGUGCACAACCUUUCAGAUGCUGAGUCUUCUGACAUGUUCUAUGCCGCUGCUCACACGGGCGUCAUCUUCGACUACAACACCGGGGUCCAACGGCUGCUGCAGGGCCACGUGAAUCCAAUCUCGGCUACAGCCGUCUCGAAGGACAAGAAGUGGAUUGUUACCGCAGACACCGGUCCAGACAGCAUGAUGGUCGUUUGGGAGCGUGAGUCCGGAACACCGGUCAAGACGUUCUUCAAUCCGCAUCCGUGCGCUCAGGGCGACAUGUACGUUCGCGCGAAGUGUCGCUUAAAUCGGAUAGAGUUCGCUUGCGCUGACAGGUAUGGUGUUCACGCUCUAGAUAUUGCACCCAAGCUGCAGUACCUCGUCACGCUGUCAGCGUCUGUGCCUUAUUCUGCCUCUUGCCUGUGGUUCCUCCACGGGCUCAAAGACGGAGUGAUAGCCAGGCCCAUACCCAGCAGUGACCCCAUGGCUUCCACAGCUGGGCAGGCCAUGGUCCUUUGCAUUUUGCGCGCUGCUUCGGCCCUGGGGGCCGGGGGGCGAACGGGAACCAUGACAGGCAAGGGGCAAAGGAAGAACUUGGACGAGUUCAAGCGCCGGGAGCAGCAGCUGGCAGAGGCGUACCACAAGAACAAGCCGCUGUGCUUCAACGCCUGCUCUUACCAGAAGACGCAUCCCGUGAAAGCCCAGAAGGGGCACAAGGAUGCGGAUGCCUGCUUGACAGUGCCUCUCGUGCUCGGAGUUGCUGAUGGCGUAUCGCAAAUCGAGGACUUUGGCAUAGAUGCAUCGAUGCUGCCGAACGAGCUGCUUCAGGAAGCAGGCGCUUCCAAGAGAGGCGUCGACGAGUACCUCGGUGAGGCAAACGCCUGGCAUUUCCGGCGCUGCUUCAAGACACAUGCCUUCCCCCACUUGUUUCCCUGCCGGUAUCCAUUUCCGAAAUCCGCUGCAGAUAGCGUUCCUCCAAAAGUGCUAGUUUUGGUCGCUGACCCUCGUCACGCUUUCGCAGUGUGGUGGCAGACCCUCGGACAGUUGGAACCGGAUGUGUCGCUGGACCUGGACUUCGGCAACUUCUUGAAGAUUGUGGCGCAGCAGGGGUGGUGUCUCUUUGGCAACUACAUCGAGCACGCUGCUGCAUGGGCGCGGGAAGAAGAACUAUAUCCGGACAAUGUGCGGCUUUGCAUGGCUGACCGCCUAGGCUCGUUGGAUCCGCAGGAUGUGCGGACAGAAAUGCGCGACAUCGCAGACUUCCUCAUGAUCCCACCGGAGAGGGCAGAUCGGGUUGUGGAUUCGAUCUUUCGCAGACCGGCAGACGCAUGUUCAUCCUUGUCCAGAGACAGGCUGGUGGAUUACGCUGUUCUUCAAGGGGGUCACAUUGUGGAAAAUACAGGCAGGAAUCUGUACCAGUUCCAAGAUGCCUACGACACAGUUGACGGGCUGGUGCAAGACAUGUGGCGCCAAAUGUUUUUGAUGCUGGGCCGCACUGGAAGCUCCUGCUUGGUGGAAGCUGCUCAGAAGGCUUUGCAGGGCUCAGCUUCAUUGCCACCGAUUGUCAAGACCGGUGUCUUUCGUGGCGAAGAUGCCCACAAUGGUGGCACCUGUCGACCCUGUGUCUUCCAUCUUCGUGGGAUAUGCCGAGACACUGCGGAGACCUGCUUCUACUGCCACAUGGACGGGCACCAGAGGACGGCUAGUGACUUCAGAGUUGACUUGCAGGCGAAUCCGCCUAGAGUUGACUUGAACGUCCUCAAUAUCCUUGCGGAGGUCUUGAUAGAAAUGCGGGAGUUCGAGAAGUGUGCUCGGCUAUUGAAGGAGCUGCUGCACCUAACACCUGCGCAGAGGGCACAGUCUUCAGGUGCAAGCAUUUCCACUGACCUGGUUCUGCAUCCAUCAAGCCCCAAGGUACUGCUGAAGAAGCUCCACAACUGCCCAGUCGAUAUUGUUGCAAUGCUGGCUGUGGCCAUGUGCCAGAUUCCGAAUGAGAACAUCAGCGAGGAUCCCCUGUACAAUUCUGCAUUGGAGGUGGUUCUGACGCACCCUCCUGAAACACACUCCGACCUUCACCUGCUACUGGUAGAUGCGAUGCUAGCAGACGAGGCCACGACAGCCGACACUGUCAGCCGACGAUGGCUUCGAAGGGCAAAUGUUCGGCGCUGGUUUGCCGAGCAAGCUCACCGAAUCCUGACUUUGCUGGAAGACUGCCCCAGCUUGGAAGUAGACCUUCGCGAGCGUCAAGCCAUGUGCCGCUGGCGACUGGGACAGGUGGAAGAAGCAGCACUUCAAUUGGAAGCCUUGCUCGAGGACCCUGGGGAAAGAACAGAGGCAGAGCUGCGCAACAUGAGGGUUCGCGCGGCAGAGGCCUGGAUCGAAAUUGGCAAUUCCAGCAGAGCAGAUCAAGUGCUGAGUUGCUUGAGCUACGAGGAUCUACAGCGAAGCAAUGCUCUACCACCCCCACUGAGCACAGCAGAGCGCAAGUCCCUCUACAAGGAGCUGUCCGAAACCAUCGAUCGGACACUGAGCGCCGCUGCAGUGGCUAAAGACAUGGAGCAUGCUCAUGAACACGUCGGGACUAAGGAGGAGCUGCUGCGCUUUUUUGCGAAGUUCCGUCAUCUUGUGUACGACUGUGAGCUUGACUUCAAACGACUGGUCGCUCGAAGUACCAGCGCAAAGGAGGGCUCAGCUCCGGCAAUUGAGGACGUAAAGUGCAACACAUCGAAGCCCAAUGCCGAAGAUGAGGCUUCCGGCUUGCUGAGGCCCGAUAGCAGCUCCGACGCUUUGGCGCUUGGAAUGCAGUCGUCAGGCGUCAGCUUCGAAAGCUGUGGGAAGCUCGGAGGUCAAUGGGAAAAGCAGGUGUUUGGUUUUGAAGCCUACCUUACCAUGGUCAAACACGGGGUGGUGAUCAUUCGCGCCUUUGCACGGUCCACGAAGGAGUCCAAGUCUCGCGAGGGAACCGUCCAAGCUGCGCAGGCGGUUGAAGUUUGCGAGAUGAUCCUCUCCAACCGCAAACUCGUGGCUCAGAGGAAUCCGGUGAAGCGGCGCAUGAUGAGGGAUUUGGCGAUGCUGUCGCUUUCUGUAGGUUUCGAGGCACGCCUGUGGAGAGUCGUGUUCAAGCACCUGCGCAACAUUUGCGACCGGAGUGGAAGCGAUCAUGUCGUUGCUUUGUGCUCCAGACUGCUGUUCACACAUGCAGAUGUGGAUGGAAUGGGCCCGGGAGCAAACAAGGACCGCGGUGAUGCGGCCCCGUGGGAGCAUGAAAAAGCACACAAUGCAAGCUGGGGGCACCGCAACACAUAUGCGGCAGCGUUUACUGAUGUCCGCGGCUGGGCACUACGGAAGCUGCUGAGAAGGCCCCGCGCAUUCGGACUUACUUUGCUGUGCGCGCACUUCUGCAUCAUCGCUUCGCAGUACCCCUUUGCCGUGGCCGAGUACUCUCGGGCACAUCGUUUGGCGCCUUUCGAACCACUGCCAGCUCUUUGCACUGCUACAGCAUAUCUGUCCUUCUCAAUGUCGCGUGCUGCAGUGUGCCGCCAUGCCCCAAGUCGAUUUCGACACAACAUAGCCGGCACAAAAGCAACGAUCCAUGACACCUUCCUGUUAAGCUCUCACGGCCACCCGUGCCGUUCAAGCAGCCUUUCUUAG